CACAAAUAGACGUGCUAACCAAGGUUGAGAUUACCAUUGUGCCACAGAAUGUGCGAGGAGUGAAACGCCCAGCCCUACCCACAUAUCCCAACGUUAGGCUACGGUAUUUGCCAGUGUCUUAACGGUGCGGCAUAUUUAGUGAGCACGGUUUGGAAGCGACGAAUGGAUGGCCUUACGAUACAUGUCACAAUUCGCGAGGGGUAUGCGGUAAGAUUUGAUACAACAUCAUAGGAUGCUCCUUCUGUGGAGCCGAGUGUUCUCUAUGGGACCAAGUGGCUUUGAUAACAUGGUACGGUAGUGAUGCUGGGGUGCAUAAACUGUACUCGUACUCGUACAGUACGGUACUAGUACAUCUGAUGCCAGCCACUGCGCUGAGGGUGUGAAGUGCACUAGCAUAGCACCGGUACAGUACGGUACAGUAGGGAGGUUCAAAGCUCUCGGCACACGGAAGGUAUAGGUGUUUUGGGAGAGGUGUAUUUUUUUUUGGAAAUUACGGUACACAGCAAACCCCCUCGGGAGGGGGUAUGCGGCAUACCAGUACAGAGGUACGAGCAUUUUAUUCAAGUAGUACCAGUACACCUGUAUUUGCGGGGUAUACUGUGCACUCGGUCCGCAGCGUACUGAGAGCUCUGAACCUCCCUAGUACGGUGCGGAUCACAGGUUGGAAACAGAGAGGUCCUGGUUGUUGGGGGGUGCUCCGGCAUCCUGGACCUACCGUAAAUCACGGUACGGAAUUCCCCCCUGCAGUAGGACAUCAGCAGAGAAGCGGUGCCGGGGCCAACUUCUUUCCUCUCUUCCUCCUCCCUAAUACUUUCUGUCUACCACAACAAGCGAGCUUCCUUUUCCUUACUUGUUCUUCCCCUCCUCCCCCCUCCCCCUCUUCUUUAACGUUUGAUCCCUUUAUCGUUCUCCGCUUACGUUCCCUCCUUCACUGCCCCCUCCCCCUUUCUCUUCUUCCUGUCCGGUUGGUAGUUUUUGCACUGUACGGCGCUCGGUGGCUGUCCGCCUUUAAUUUUCUUUCUCCCUCUUUCCGACCCUAAUUUUUUGUUCCUCUUCUCAAUCUGUUGGAGUCGGUCAUUUCUUCCCGGUUUUUUUCCUUCUAUUUGAGCACUCUUUCGUUAUUCAUAGGAUAGGUUUAAGGGGUGGCUGCUGCUGCUGCGUGCAGCUUUUAAUCCUGUGCUGAUCCGUGCAAUCACUGGCCGUCGCUCCUUUCAACGUCUCUCGCUUUUUCUUUUCUUUCCCUUGUUGAGACUAAUUAGGGCGAUUACACACGCACGCAACCUUAUUCUCAUCACUACACUUUCUGCAUCCUUGGAGCGAACCCGACGAGUUCCACGGGGCACCAUCGUCAUUCCGUCCGACUCCCACAACGGUUCAAGGAAGCCCUAACUUCCACAAAGGGUGGCAGAGCUCCGGUUGAUACGGGUGGACAAUCCGUAACACAUCCAAUCCAAGACACCCACCAUACCCAACCAUCCAUCUCAACCGCUGUCAUGGACAAUCGGCGUCAAUCAGCUGGAGGAAGGAGUGGAGGGGGGGGAGAUCGUAACAAUGUCUCUGGAAACAAUGCUAAUUAUACUGGAGGUCCAGGAGGGAAUCUUGCAGCCUUGGAUUGGGUUGUCGGUCUUCGGUAACUUGUCAACCUCUCUGUUCCUCGUACCUGACUAACAAAAACCAUGCUAAAGAAUCCGUGUUGUCACGAUUAUCGAUGAUACCUACGAAGGAACUAUUUACUCUUACGAUCCUUUGACCUCAACUCUUGCGUUGAUACAGUCGCCUGCCCAUCCCCCGCCUACUCCGGUGAACGAAAAUGCGAAUGUUGCACAAUCAUAUUCUCCUCAGGAUUAUCGUAUUCUUAAAAUUUCGUUCCUCAAGGAAGUUGCGGUUCUUUCACCGCCAAAGCAGCGCUCGGUUGCACAGCCCUUCACUAACGCCGAGCCCAAAAUCGGAACUGUCGAUAUUGCGGCGGUAGCUGCUCGGGAAAGGGACGCAGCCAGAACGGAGGCUGAGAGGAUUGCAAGUAAGGGUGUCGGUGUUACUAAGGAAGCGCAAGAUAUUUACGAUGCGUUGUCUAGAACGUACGUACCCUCACCUCGAUUCCCAUCGCCGUCGUAUCGCGGGAUGAAAUUGUGUUAACCUUUUAAUGGGACUGUAUAGAAUGAAAUGUAGGUGGCAGGGCAAACAAAUCAUCGUUUACAAUGACGUUAUUAUCGAUGAGCCGUAUACUGUGGAUCGCGUUAGAUCGAAGGACCAAAAUGCUUUGAUUCAUGUUAAGAAAGUGGUAUGUUUGAAGCUCGGGCCUCUUCAUACUUGAGGGCCAAAUCUGACUAGAAUAGCUUGAGGGGGAACGCCGUAAACUAGAGACGCAGCGGAGGGCUGCUACGCCAGUCUCGGGAGAGAGGAAAGGCGGAUAGGAUAGGACACGAUGCAAGAGUAAUAAGUACGAUAAUUUAAUAGUUUAAAAAUUCCGUUUUUUUCCGGACUUUUAUUUCAGCGGUGUGAUAGGAUAUCGGACAUUGGGGAAAAGGAGUUCUAUUUGAGGGGUACAAAAAAGCAUUCAAACACGGGAAAGGUUGUUGGAGAAGCGGGAGGGCAUUGUAUUUGUUUUUCCUCUUACUUUUAUGAGAAGUAACUCGAUGUCCGUAAGCGUAUCAUGGGAAAUUUCCUCACCUGGGUCGGGCAUCGUUGCGGGCAGGGCUUCUGCUUAUGGGUAAUUAAGGCAGACUUUGAGAGAGUAAACAUGAAGUGUGGAGUCAAGUUGAGCCUCAAACAGCCUACCCUC